CCAAAGCCUGGAAAGAGGGGUUUUACAGGACAGUUCUCCUCCUGUCUGAAACCUCAUUUUUAAACAACGGAUUUAGCUCUUGUGUUGCCUUUUAAACCGGCUGAUUUCCAUAAUCAUGAACGGGUAGUCUGCGCGUGGAUCUACGCCGACUUUUACUGACCGACACCUGCACACUCUCUAUCUCUCCUUUCCUCUCUUUUGUCUCUGACAUCUCUGCAGCUCCCAGCCAGCAGCGCUGGAAGAGGAGGGGGUGUACCUGACACCUACAGCCGCGCGUCGCAGCUCUCCUUCCCCCGCAGAAACACCCAGCAGGACUCGCCCGCCACGGGUGCCUCCUUCCAUCGCCAGGUUGUCCGUGUGCAGUUUCAACAGGGAGGGGGGGAACACGGCUUCUGCUGACGGACUGAAAACUCUUUAAAAAUAUAUAAAAAAAAAAAUUAAAAUAGCAACAACACAUUGAAGACAGGGGGGCUUCGAAGAACUCCUGCUUGAUUCACUCGGACCAGAAAUCUUUAGGAUUUUCUGACUUGACUGUAAGAAAGAAAAGGGACUACAAUUGAGAAGAUGCGUCCCCCGGUGUUUCUCUGUGUGUUGCUGUGUCUGUGUGCAGCGCCGGGCCCGGUGGCCGGGGCGGACCGGAGCUGCUCCGACCUGCGGCAGUUCUACACCGGGAAAGGGUUCACUCUGGUAGAGGUCCCUCAGACAGAGAUCUCCGGUGAACAUUUGAGGAUGUGUCCUCAGGGUCCAACUUGUUGUACCAGUACCAUGGAGGAGAACCUGGGAGGUCUGAGUGCUCGAGAGACCGAGGGACUGAUCAGAGAAGCCGGCAGGUCGCUGCAGUCUGCCUUCAACGCUCUCCACAGGAGCUUCGACACAUAUUUCACUGAGCUGCACGGUCGCUCUGAGCGCUCCCUCCCGGAGGCGCUGUCUCCUCUCGGCGCCCUGUACUCACAGAACACCCGUCUCUACGGAGAUCUCUACACCGACCUGCGACAGUACUACCGAGGCUCCGCUCUCAACCUGGACGAGACCCUGUCUGAGUUCUGGUCCCGCCUCCUGGAGCGCACCUUUAAAAUCUCCGCUCCCACAGAGGUCAACCUGUCAGAGGACUACCUCGAAUGUGUUGCUAAGCAACAGGAGACGCUGCGGCCAUUUGGAGACGUCCCAAGGGACAUGAAGGCGAAGCUGAUCCGCGCUUUUGUCACAGCCAGGUCGUUUGUCCAGGGGCUGAUUGUCAGCGGAGAGGUGGUCAGGAAGGUCUCACAGGUUCAUUUGAGUCCAGAGUGUAUGAAGGCCCUGAUGAAGCUGGUUUACUGCCCCCACUGUCACGGCAUUGCCUCCGUCAAACCAUGCUCCAACUACUGUUCCAACGUCAUGAAGGGCUGCCUGGCCAACCAAGCUGACCUGGACCCCGAGUGGCAGAAUAUUAUAGACACCAUGAUCCAGGUGGCCUCUAGUUUCAGCACGGAGCCCAGUCUCGAUGUAGUUCUCUCCUCUAUCCCUGCUCGAAUCUAUGAGGCUGUUCACUUCCUGCAGGAAAACAUGGACACAUUCACAGCAAAAGUGUACCAGACAUGUGGUACUCCAGGUGAACCAGGAACAGGAAGUCCCAAACUUCAUGAGCAAAGGAAGAAGAGCGGCUCCCUAACCGCAUCAGAGUACAAACCCUCUCCAACUGCUGGGCUCAGACUGGAGAUGCAGGUUUCAGAUCUGUCAAGUAAGCUGAGGGAGAUGCGGCAGUACUGGACCCAGCUUCCUGUGGCACUUUGCAGCAAACUGGCAGCAGGAGGCGCCGGUCAGGAUAAAUGCUGGAAUGGCAUUACAAAAGCUAGGUACCUUCCAGAGGUGAUGGGUGAUGGCUUGGCCAAUCAGAUCAAUAACCCAGAAGUAGAGCUUGACAUCACAAAGCCAGACAUGACCAUCAGGCAACAGAUCAUGCAACUCAAAAUCAUGAGCAACAGGCUGAAAAACGCACUGGAGGGCAACGAUGUGGACUUCCAGGAUGCGAGUGACGACAUUAGCGGCUCAGGAAGCGGGAUGUGCGUAGGUGGUCUGUGUCCUCGGAACAGACCGGGAUUGUAUGCCUACUCGCCAGACAACAACCGAGUCAGAGGCACAGCCACGUCUCAAACACGCAUCUGUGGCCUCCUACUCCUGCUCCCACUGACCAUCCUGCUGCUUCAGCGAUGAUGGACCGCAGCUGCCUCAAAUCAGACUCUAAGUCUAGAGGAGGGCUGAACCACGCGACGGACAAAAAGGGGUUUGGUGGGGGGGGAAAGAUUGGAAGGUAAAUUUGCCAAAAAAUGAAAAAGACAUCUUGGGGGAAUUAAUGGACGACAUUUUAUUUGACCAAGAGGAGCAAAAUUGACAGUGACAAUAUUCUUUAUUUAGUUUUGCUCAGUUUUAAUGUGUCUUAGUUUGGGUGUGAUUCAGUUUGUUGAGCUGGUUUCAAUGGAUUGUUAGAAGAAGACGGAGAUGAGGAAGGCGAAGAAGAAGAGAAUGAUGGCUGUUGAUGAUGAAAAUAAUGAUGGGGAUAUUGACAAUGAUUUAUUGACACUUUAGCAGAUCCAUUUAGCUCCAGGUUCCAGUUAGCAGGCGGCAGAGCUCAGUGAAAAAAAAAGUUUGGUUCCCUGAUAUGUGGUGCGUUCAACAAGGCUUUUUUUUCUUAUUUUUUUAACUGGAGUCGAGGUUGACUACCUUAACAAACAUUGUGUAAGUUGUAAAUGUUUGUGUACAUUAGCUUAAAGACUGGCACCAUAUUGAGCCAUGAAUGUACAGUGUAAUACUAUAUUGGCAAUGAAUCUCCCCAUAAUCUGGGAUGUAGUCGUGUGUUGGCAUAAAUGGAUACAUUCAGUAGGAUUUGUUUAAAAUAUUGCAGAUAAAUUAUCACACAUUGUCGUAUGAGAUGUUGUGAUUGCAAGAUUUUACCUCACUUUUACUGUAUACCCUACCAUUUCCAAGGAAAAGGGAAAUGACCACCUUUUUAACAACUCAUCACCUUAAGAAAACAAGCAGUGUCAUCAAAGCACUUGUAAACAAGCACAGACAAGCAGUUUCCUUAAAUCCUGUAAUUUAUCCUGCAGUGAAGACAGAAAACUGCACAUUAUUCUUACACUUAUGGUUGCAAUAACCACAAAAAUCUCCACAGAGAACAUUUCAUGACACAGUAAUUUUUAGAGAGGACUCCUUGUUGAACGCACACCUGCGUUUAGUAACUUUAAAUUGAGUCUUAGAAGCAACACAGUGGCUGAUAUACAGUAGGUCAAACCAAAGCACUUAUUACACUGAAAUUUUUUUUUUCUUUUACAUUUUUUAACAGCAGACAUCGCCCAGAGUAUGUUUAACAUUUGUGAUGACCCUUGUGCCAGGUUUUGUAACUGCAUAUUUAAACAAAAAAAAGCAUCAGUAAGAAAAAAAAGGUCUUGUGCAUACAGUACAGGAUAUGUGCAGAAUAUUGACAACAUGUAUACAUUUACCUGGUGAUACAUACUGUAAUUUACUCGGCAUGCCUUUCUUUCAGUCUACACUACUAUACUGAUACAUAUGGGACCCCUGAUUCACAUAAGUCUCUUGCACACACACAUUUACACACACUGGGGUUGUGUAUUAAGCUGAUUUUUAUUCAUCAGUGUAUUUAAUCAGACAUUUCAUUCAUUAAACGCUGUUUGAUUGUGGCAGUGGAUUUUGCCAUGCACAAUUUCAUUUGGGUAUUGCUGAUUAGCAUCCAUUAACAAGAAGCUAGAUCUUUAUUUAAAGGGACACUCCACCAAUUUUACACAUCAAAGUCAAAAUUGUAUUAAAGUCCUCUGUGGCUCUGGAUGGAGCUUUCUAAUGUUUGAGGAAAAUAAGCCUGAGGAUGUCAUAGUGAUGUCAUCAGCUUGGUCUUGGAGGCUAGAACUUUAUAACAGACAAAAACUGGGGGCAUCAGGUUUGAAAGACGUGGGUGUUUACCAGGCAGGGAGGAUCAAACAAAAUGAUGAGAGUUACGGCAAAUAUAGGAUCUAGUGUUUACGGAGCUUGACCCAUUAUUAGGGACUAAAAGUCAGGAUAUCUCUAGGGAUGGCAAUCUCGGUCUGUCUGUUGGACCACCACUUUGAUCCAGACUGAAAUAUCUCAACUAUCUAUCAGAUGGAUUGCCAUGUUCCCUGCAGGAUUCAUUCGUAUCACUUUGGUGAUUGCUUACCUGUUCAUCUGGUGCAUCAGGUCAAAAUUUUAAUGUGUCUAAUACUUGGGUUUAUGACCAAAUACCUGCUAAACUAAUGACAUUCCCAUCAGCCUCAGCUGUACGUAAAGUAAAGGUAAACUAAAAUGAUGAACAUGGUAAACAUUCCACCUGCUUGGCAUCAUUCAGUAUGUUAGCAUCGUCAUUGCAAGCAUGUUAUUUUGCUGAUGUUCUCCAUUAGCUCAAAGCACCACUGUGCCGAAGUACUCACAGAACCACCAGCAUAGACUCUUGUUUAAAAGUCUCUUGCAAGUCCCCCCGAACUUUAUGGAAGCGCAAAACUAAAUCACUGGAGUACCCCUUUAAGGCCUCUAUGUUCCUCUCAUUGUGAAGGCUGAUACAACUUUACAAACAUGUACUUUAUCUAAGAAUCUAUCCAUUAGCCAUAGAGAUAUGACCAAGCACCAGUUGAUCUCGUCUUCACAAUGUCUGUUCCUGAUGCUCUGUGGCCCGUGGAUUUAGUCACGACUCAGUCCCUGACUUUGCUCGUUUUCUAGAAAAACUCAACUUGCCAGCUGCACGACAGCUAUUUAUAAACAUAUAACUCUUUGUUACAGGCACUGACAAGCCUCAUGUGGCCCUGCUGGAGAAAAACGGGGCCACGUGUUGUGUGUGGGGAUGACAAUCCUGCACCAGUCAGGGGGUUUCGAGUUAAUGAAUGAUUUAUUUUCCUGAUGCAUACAACAGAAUAAAGCAGAGCAGCAGGCACAUACACAAAGAGUUCACUACACAUUUCUGUCUUUGAAUGCUGGAAAGGUCUUAAAUGUUUUAUUUCUCAACAUCAGUAUCUUUGAUUAAGAGGACCCGAUCUGAACAUCCAUCUGAAUUCACCCUUUUUUUUUUUUUUGCAUCUCCUGAAAUGUGUCUUUUUCUGUAAUUGUGAAUGAUGUGGAAGUAAAGGUAGAGUCUGAGUUUUACUGAGAUGUGGGAGGACACGUGUAGCAGCCACAGUCUACAACACUGUUGAUUUGACUUUGUCUAGACAUGAGGAAGAUUUAUCGACUCUCAGCACUCUGAGCUGAUGAGCUGUCUGUCCAUGACCAACAUUUUGAGUCCCCCAGGUGAGAGUUACCUUUGAACAAAAGGUGCCACAACUCUUGCUGAACAAAUAUAAGAAAUGUAACUUAACUCUGGAGACAGCUUAAACUUAAUUGUUCUGCUCAUGUGGCAGCUUGCAGGUCUAGAAUCGAUUUUUGGGUCUCCAUCUGUGGUUUAAAAAGAAAUAGACUCAGUGCUAAUGUGUUUUCUUGUAGACGUGGCUAAUUUUCUUAACCAAUUUCAAAUGCCUCCAACUGCUGGCUCUAAGAUAAGAAGCAUCUCCCGCUCUUUGUCUGCUUUUCACUUACACACAGACAUACAUACAACUCUUUAAGAUACUGGUCAAUGUGUACAAGGAUGCAAUAGCCACUGAAUAAAGGUGAUUGUUGUCGUGGUA